UUGGCUUAUGACACGUAGAGCAGAUGACCUAGAGGUUAUCCAGACCUUGGAUGAGUUUAAUGGCCAACUCUCUAUACUACCUGAGGAUUGUUGGACUUUGGAGGCUAAGAAUGCCAUUUUCCAUGAGUUGAUAGGUCAUGACAAUCAUGGAUAUUGUUACACAUACGAGAGAACUGUGCCACGAAGAGCAGUGUAUAAAGAUGGUGUUGGGCCAUCACAGUCAGCACCCCAGCCAUCGACUAUUGUUCAGAUCACCCAGCAGGUUCGUGCGGAGCUAAGGGAUGAGUUGAGGGAGGAGCUGCGAGCAGAGUUCUCUACACAUUUACUGCAACUGAGAGCUGAGAUGAUGGCCUUUGUGUCAGAAGGGGCUAGUGUGGAUCCCAACAGACAGAUGGCCAUCAUCGUACAAGAUCAACGUGUCGGCGACGACGAGUUUAGUGAAGAUGGAGAAUGCAUCAACAUUGACGGAAUGAAGACCCUUUCAGAAGGAAUGAAUGCAAAGAUAAGGAGGCAAGAGUGCUAUUGA